AUCGCGCGCGCUCUCAUUCCGGAGCUCUCCGCGCUGUCUCCGGCCGCGCGCGCACCGUCCAGCUGCUUUGUUUUCGCGAGACAAACGCGUCAAAAUGGAGGACUACAGAUGAACCCCAGACUACAUCUACUUAAAACCUCUAAAACCCUGAAUCCGACACAUCACGAUGGAGACGGUGGUUAUUGUGGCCAUCGGAGUGUUGGCCACCGUUUUCCUGGCAUCGUUCGUGGCGCUGGUGGUCGUGUGUCGCCAUCGUUACUGCCAUCGGCCCAACCUGCUGCAUCACUUCGAGUCCAAGCCCACAGUGGAUCUGAUUGGAGCGAUGGAGACCCAGAGCGAGCCGUCAGAGUUGGAGCUGGACGACGUGGUCAUCACCAACCCGCACAUCGAAGCCAUCCUAGAGAACGAGGAGUGGAUUGAAGAUGCCUCCGGUCUAGUGUCUCAUUGUAUCUCCAUCCUGAAGAUAUGCCACACUCUGACAGAGAAACUUGUUGGCAUGACGAUGGGCUCUGGAGCAAAGGUAAAAGCCCCUGCCAGCCUUAGUGACAUCAUCACGGUGGCCAAACGCAUCAGCCCCAGGGUAGAUGAUGUAGUUCGGUCGAUGUAUCCCCCACUGGACCCAAUCCUCCUCGAUGCCAGGGCUACAGCAUUGCUGCUGUCUGUGAGUCACUUAGUGCUGGUGACACGGAACGCCUGUCACAUGUCUGGCAGCCUGGACUGGAUCGACCAAUCGCUGCAUGCAGCUGAGGAUCACAUGGUAGUGCUCAGGGAGGCAGCCUUGGCAUCAGAACCCGACAGACGACUACCAGAAAGAGAGCAGUCUAUCUGAGUCACAAAUACACACACACACACACACUCAGAAAAUAGGGGACUGUGAAACACAAAAUGUCAAAUACAAUCCACACACCUAAAUUAGCCAUAGCUUUUCUUGCACAAACACCUCAUUUUUUUAUCUCCUUUUUUUAAUGUUACAUUGCUUCUAGCAAUAGUUACAAUCACUUUCUACUUUUUCACUAUUAGUGUAAAUUAGUUUUAAACAAUCAGGCGCACUACUAUUCUUGUCCAACUCUUUUUUUUUUUUUUUUUUAUAAAUAGCAUGCUAGUUUAAACCUCUUAAACUGUAUUCAUAGUUGGAUCUGUUGUUCUGGUUGUGUUUAUUAUUGUAGCUGGUAGGCACAAUAAGUGCAAAGUGAAUCCAAAUUCAUGUUCCCGCCUCCAAUCAGCGAAAUGUUUGUAUAUAGCGAACAUGAAACAUGCAUAUAGAUUUAAUAUGCUGUAUUCACAAGUGUUUAGUUAUGUAUUCAUGUCGUAUAAAGUGUGCAGUUAGUUUAGAAAUGAACCACUAGAGUGUAUCAGUAUAGAGCAAAAUUAAAAAUUCAUAUUCAAAUACAAAGAUACCAGACACUACCAGUCAUAAACACACACACUGUAUUUUUUUGUGGACUGUAAUCCAAAGUCACAUGAUAUUUAAAGCCUCUCUAAUUCCCAAACCUCACCACACUGCUUACACACCGAACAAAUGCCAACACAACCAGCUUAAACAUUAACAAAAACUCUUAACCACUGCCAGCCUAACAUUGAGCACAUGCCAUCCUAGCAUUGUUAUUAAAGUGGCCAUGAAAUUAAAACGGGUGUUUUAGAGCUUUUUGUAUGCAAAUAAGAUGCAUCUUUUGUAAAUAUUGUUAUUUGAUACUUUUUCAGUUCAUAAUGUCUGGGAAAGCAGUGAAACAGCUUAGAUGAAGCUUCAAUCCUUCAACUGUCAAAUUUGGACCUCUCUAGAAAGCGUAUGUCCCGCCAUCCCCAAUAAAUUAACUGCAGGUAGUGAUCUACAGUAGCAGCUAGUUUACAGCAGACAUAGUACGAUCAUGUAGUUUUGGUCGUGCAGCUUCCUGUGCGUUCUUUCCAAAACAAUGUUUUGUUAACGAUGGUGAUUCUUCGUCAUCCAUGAUGUCAGUUAAUCUUAACAAAAUGGCAGUGAACAAUCAUACACCACUGGAAACUAACUAAAAACUCUCAGCUGCAUUACUUGCCUGGUUUUCUAAGCCAGGGAUCGUCAGUUUUAUCCGCAAAGACCCGGUGUGGUUACGGGCUUUCAUUCCAGCCAAAUUGGCGGCACACCUGAUAUCUGAUGGGAGACUAAAAUGAACUGAUUAGACAUGUGGAAUCAGGUGUGGCUCCUGCUUGGCUGGAAUGGAAAGCCUUUUUGUGGAGAAGAUUGAAGACCCUUGUUCUAAGCCACUUUUGGAUUUUCUGUAUCAAAACUAAAUCAAGAUAGGGAUCAAAUCAUGGCUCUCAAGCCAUUUCAUAAGCACAUUAAAGGAUUCCCCCUUUUUUUUUUUAACUUUACAUCUACUGCAGUUGUAGUAUACGUGUGAUUACAACAAACAAGAGUUUUAAUUUUUCCCCUGCACUGAGAAAAGUCAACAUUAUUUAAAGUAAAUAAAGAACUGUCUCAGUUUGGGAAACAUACUGUAACUUAUACUCCUCCAGCGUUUGAAAAUUGGUUAAACUCCAUAAGAACAGCUUUGGGGGAACGUUCUCUUAUCUGUGUUUUAUUCCGUCUUUAUCGCAAUCGGGUAAUAGUUGUCAUUUUGAGUCCACAUCAUAUAGAUGUGUAUAAUUUUAACAUUUAUUCAUACACCUGUCCUUAGUAAGCAGGUUUUAUUGUUCUUUUCUCAGCACAGGAAAUGUGAACUUAUGGUUUGUGGUAAUCUCUCUCACACACACACACACACACUACAGCUGUGGUGAAGUUUGGAUUAAAGAAUUGAUCGAGUAUUCCUUCAUA